CUUUUCAAAGACUAAAAUCGAAAAUUCCACGCACCGGAAAUGUGAUUAUGCAAAACCGCUCAAAAAAAUGGUGAACUUCUUGCUUAAGAUCAAAGCGGAGCUCGAGAACCUCACGAAUCUUCAGCCUCAAGAUGGUUGCGACGACCCCAACUUCACUUACCUUUUCAAAGUGAAAUGCGGGAGAUGCGGGGAGGUGAGCCAGAAAGAAACGUGUGUGACCUUGAGUGAAACUAUUCCUCUCCAAGCGGGUAAAGGGACUACUAAUCUCGUUCAAAAGUGCAAGUUCUGUGGUAGGGAAGGAACUAUCACAAUGAUUCCCGGGCGAGGUAAACCAUUGACUCAGGAAAUAAGUGAGUCAGGGGAUUUCUCUCCGUUGAUGUUAUUUGACUGCAGAGGUUAUGAGCCUAUCGGUUUUGUAUUUGGACCUGGAUGGAAAGUAGAAUCUGUAAGUCCUCCGAUUAAUCUCCCAUCUGACCAAUGUAAUGAACAUGAAGUAUUUAACACGGCCUACCUGUUUCUGAAUUCCACAAUCAUGUAUAACUUCAUUUUUUUGAAAUCAAACAUAUAUAACUUGUUGAUCAUGCAGAUUCACAACGUUUUGGCUUGAGGCUAGAACUUUUUUCCCUUCUCUCUCUCUCUGUCCUUGAAAAUUAUAAUUUUUUGAAAUAUAGGCAUGCAAGUUUAAUAACUUGAUAAAAAAUGAAGAAUAUGACAUAGAUACUAACUCUUUUAUUUUAAUCAUGCUGGCAUGUAGUUUGGUCCAACUUACUAAUUAUGAAUAUUGUUUGCCUAUGUUCUUACAGAUUUAUUCCUAAAGUUGAGUUGCCUUGUUUUGUUUGCAGAUAGAGGGGACUAAAUUUGAGGAUAUUGACUUAAAUGGAGGUGAGUUUGCAGAGUAUGAUGAGAAGGGAGAAUGCCCUGUAAUGAUUUCCAAUCUAGAUGCCAAAUUUGAGUUGUUAAAGUAGGAGAUAAUUAUACGCAAAUUAUUAUUAUCUCCCCACUGUAAAAGAAAAAUUAUCAUAUUUGAAUGGCCCUCAUCUAUCUGUACUCUUCAUCUUUCUGUUUCUUUUUUUAAAAUAAGAAUGAAGUUUGAGGAGUUGGCAUGAA